AGGAAUAAGAUUGAAUCAAUAUGCCACCUAAAGAACGGAGUAUGAUGAGUUACAUUAAUUGGAUUGGAAAACCUUUCACUGUCAGUUUAUCUGUGAUUCUAGUAAUUGCGGCAUUAGCAGGCCCUCAAUGGCUAUCAACAGAAGAAAAAUUUCUCGAUUUAUCCAAGUACAAUGCAACAUCUCUUACUAAAAAUUUCAUAGCUAGUAAUUCGUAUAAAACUCUCUACACAAAAUCAAGCCUUUGGACGCUAUGUACAUCAGCAACAGGAAAAAAUUGGAACUGCACUAAAAUUGAUUUUUGGACCAUUAAUGAGUAUAACUUGGAAGCAAAUGAAUCUAUAAAAGCAAUUUUAUAUACCAUUACAAAAUCAAUCCCAUUUUUCAUCAUUUCGGGUGUAAUCCUGAUUUUAAGUUUUGGACUUUUUAUGUUGGAAACAUGCGCUCAUCAACACAUUGUUUCUUACUUCAUUUCGGGAGGUCUCUUUAUAAUAUCAGGUCUUUUGAUGUUGAGUGGACUGAUAAUGUACAUUUCGAUCUUCAAAUCGGAAGUGGGCUUCAAAUUGCGCCCAAAAUCAUACCUUCAGCCCCGACCGUUGACAUUCCAAUACGGACAGAGCUUCUAUCUCUAUGUUAUUGGUUUUAUUUUUACCGAAUUAAUUGGAGUUGCGAAUGUAUUGAUGUACAUUUCAGUUCUAAAAAUUGGAGACAAUAGGAAAAUUCAAUGCAUCAGCUACAAUGAGCCUGAAAUGAAUUUCAUGAGAAAGAGGAAUAGAAGAGAAUUUACUACACACUGUGAUAACAUAAUGCCACUAUUCGCCUGCAGGAAACAAAGUGUUCAGCAAAGCGCACAGUUUUCUCCGAUAAAUUUUAGAAAUGAAAAUAAGUGCAAUUUACACUCGAGAUAUUUUACAAAAAGUCUCAAUGAAUUGCAUGAUAAUGACAUUAAUAUGUCGAUUAGUGGUAGGGAUUCAGUGUUUGGGUAUCCCCAAGAAUUUCCCAUAACUCGUGCUGUGUCAUCAACUUCCGAUAUAAUUGUCAAUAAUUGCGAAACAUUCUCCGCGUCAAAUGGUGGUGCCUAUGAGAAUAGGGGCAGAGAAAAGUCAUCCCUUAAGCACUUUUUUAACGGGAGCAAAUCCAAAAAGGCAAAAGAAGAUGAAAUUGUACGUGAAGCAUCACGAAAAGCAGGACGACGCUUUAAUCCGCACAGCAUCUACUACAUUGAGGAUAAUACAUCAGGUGCAGAGGGAACAAUAUAUGUUGUGGAAGCUCAAUCAAAUUUAAAUAAUCAUCAUUCGGAAAUAAGUAUUCACAGAUCAAAAUCAUUCCAAUCGAACCAACUCUACGAUGAGCGUGACAUUGAUAAAGCCACGCAGAAGCAAUUUUUCAAUUCUGACGAUAAAAUGCUAACAAAUCACAACCAAAAUUUCUACACAUUCGACAUAGAUGAGAAACAGCGGAAUAGGAAUAUGUACCAGAGUCGUACACUUCCGCGUGAUUUUCUCAAGCGCAGCAAUCAAUUCACAGAUGAAUUCUUUUCUGGGCGUCACUGCUACGAUCAGUGUCGGUAUGAUGAUUCAAUUAACAGCAAAUUUACACAUAAGUCUAUUGAUGAUUUCAUACGCAUGAAUGAAGAAAGCACGGAAUCCAACAAUCAGUGGCCCAAGUGCAUUCCAUCCUCACCAUCGGCUAUCUCAACAAAAUCUCACUACAAUUUGCAAAAUUCACCAGAAAUCAAAUACCGAAAUAACAUCUUCCACCAAUAUCCUAAAUCCAUUCUACACAAUAUACCGGCAAAUGAUGAAUUUUCAACAUUUGACUUGGACAGAAUUGAGCGCGAAAGACGUAAAUCACAUGCCAAUCUUUUUGAAUAUCGCUGUAAAUACAAUAAUGCCAAAGGUACACCAGUAUAAAUGCAAAAAUAUUUGUAGUAUUUAUUUGCGUAAUGAGUGUUGUAA